AUGCGCCGUCAGAGCUCGACCGUCAUCUCCGCGAGAACCUUGCCGUGCUUGUUGUCCCACGGAUCGCCACAGGCCGGCGGCGUCGAGGAUGAGAGGAGCCCGUCGGGUUCGCCAAAGGCGGUCCGUCGACAGGCGCCAACGCCCGAGAGCCCCUUCAGCAGUGGCAGCACGCACAGUGCUCUCGGAGGUUUGAUCAAGACAAAGGAAGAGGCUAGGUUCUUCAUCUAUUAUGUCCGGCACCUAUCUCCGUGGGUAGACAUCUGUGACACGAGAAGUCACUUUGCGACCGAGGUUCCUCGCCGCGCGCUGCAUGAGCCGCUGCUGGCCUACGCAUUGAUUGCUUGUGCAUCCCGCCAGCUCAGCUUUAUUUCAUCUAUUGGCAACUUUGACCCGGCCCUCUAUUACAGCCGAGCUCUGAGCCUUCUCAUUUCGAAGCUCAGCGGCCCCGUUGAAGAUCUCGAUGAAAAUAUACUGGCGGCCUUAAUCCUCCUGCGCACCUAUGAGGAGAUCACGGGUAGGCUUGGAAGCAUGUCGGUCAGAGAUGCCAUGACCGUCGAGCAGGACCCAAGCGACGACACCGCCACGCAUCUCUCGGGCGUCACUCAGCUCUUGAAUUCCGUGUCAAACUAUAUGGGCAAAGGAGGGCUGGGUGAGGCGGCGAGCUGGAUCGUGCUUCGGCAGGACAUGUACUUUUCCAUGACCCGGUCGCACCCCUUGCGAACUCGUCUAGAAUGCUACAAGGCGUCCUCGUGCUUUACAGAUGACUCGCCCGAAUCCAUUGUCAACAGGAUCGUUCUCAUAUGUGCCAAGAUCCAAGCCCAUGCCUUUGGGCCCGCAGGACGGGCGACCGUGCAGCAAUGGGAUCAGCUUAGAGCCGAGGCCGAGGCGUGGUACGAGUCUCGACCUUGGGACUUUAGGCCCAUGUGGGUUGAGGAUGGUGAUGUCUUUCCAAAGGCCUGGCUAAGCCAGUCAGUUCAGGUCAUGGGAUACCAACAAUAUUAUCUCUCAUUAAUGCUCCUUGCCAUCUUUGACCCGCGCCUUUGGGAGCCGGGUUUUGAGAGUUUUCGACAGCGGCGCACUACAGAGGAAAUUGUCCACGAAAACAUUAGGUUAAUCAUGGGACUUGCUAUCAGCAAUCCCUCUGGCAUGACCAACAAAUUUAUCGCGUCUCAUGCACUGCAGGCCUGCGGUACCUAUCUCACUGACCCAGAGGAGCAGAAAGAGGCACUGAAAUUUCUCGAUGAAGUAGAAACACAAUGUGGUUGGCGCACAAAGCCAGUAGUAGACAAACUCUUGGCUGCAUGGUCAAUGCGAUAA